ACAAGCAUCUUCAAACCGAGACGGAAAAGAACUCGUUUUCGAGAUAGCGUUCAAAGUUUUCCAUUUCCCGCGAAACAGAACAGUUCACGAAAUGUAGACAGCGAAUUGCGCAGGUUCGUGGAGCAAAUAUCAUCUGUCGGUAGGCACGUCGGUUCGGCAGUUUAAAAUAUGAAACCAUACAAAAAAGAGGAAGUUUCCGUUGUCAUCUCAAUGUUUCCGAAAGAGGGUGGAAAGUUAAUGCAGCCAACUUUUGUGACUACCGUAGGUUACCUACUAGGGAUUUCAGCGAUAAUGGAAUGAAAGUUAUAAUUAAAAGAAUGUUUGUGUUUAUAAUGGACAUUUGCUUACUGGAAACAGCAACAUUUGGGACAAUGAAGGCCAAUGUGUCAGAACGAAAGCGGUCAAAAAGCAAUAUGAUUUGCAUAAUGGGACGCAGAAGAUUAUGGCCACCGCAGUAGAUCCCUUGUGAGAUUUUUUGUGGAACGUUCUGAGUGGUUAUGCAAGGAUGAAUAUUUAGGAAGUUCCAUGGUUAUAAUAAAUGUACGCUCACCAAUGUGAUUAUACUGGAAUAUCGUGAAUCCGUUGCAUCAUUUCCAAAAGCCAUAGCAAAGAACCAUCCUGUGGUUCCAUCAUGUCUUUAUAGCAUAAUAAAUCAUGAAAUAAAUCCGUACGAGUGUACAGCAAAAAACGGUUAUGCUAUUCGCGAGUAGCGCAUGCCGAGGGAGAGUUUAGUACAGUAUACACAGAAUGAAGCACGUUGUACUAACACUUAACGAAGUUUGAAUAGAAUGCUUUCAAUAUGUAGACGGGCGUUAUAACAUCGAAAACACCACCUUCACGGAUAGCAAUUAUUGUGUGCGUCGAUAGUUUAAAGACUGUUUCGUGAGAUAUGGGCAGAAGCUAAAAAAUAGAACAAUCAUAAUAAUUACAUGCAAACCCGUUUCGAUACCGGUGUUUGUCCAUGUAACAAAACCUUGCGGUAGAAGUGAAUGAAAAAUGCAUUGAGUGAUAGUGUAUCAAUGGAAGACAAUUACUAAAAGCUGUACUAGAAAGUAGACAUAUGUCAGUUUGCGUGUCGUCUGCCUUGUCAAUUGCGACGAGCCUUGUGGCAGUGGCCGGUAUUCCCGGUGGAACAGGUCUCACCGGUGGUAGCAUGUCACUGUCGCACAUGUCCAUGUCGCAGUCGAUGAUGCAUCCAUUGUCCCAUGCACUUCUGGCCUCGUCCAUGCUCAACAUGCCCGGAAUCGAACGCCAACCGCAGAACACGUCCACCAUGUCCAAACAGCAGCCACCACAAGUGCACAAUUCUCAACGCCACCACCCGCUUCUCCACUCAUCACCACUCGCCAGCGGAUCCACCGGCAGUGACAUUACAGAUCAUCCCAAUCCGGAUAUGCUGCUGGCGCUGAUAGCGCGGAACAAAGCACUCGAAGCAACUAUUCCAAAGUGCGGCGGUUGCCAUGAGCUAAUACUAGACCGAUUUAUCCUCAAAGUGUCCGACCGAACGUGGCACGCCAAGUGUCUCCAGUGUAGCGAUUGUCACGUACAGCUCAAUGAGAAAUGUUUUGCUCGAAAUGGUCAAUUAUUUUGCAAAGAUGACUUUUUCAAGCGGUACGGCACGAAAUGUGCAGCUUGCGAUUUGGGAAUUCCUCCAACGCAAGUGGUCCGGCGGGCCCAGGACAACGUCUAUCAUCUACAGUGCUUUAUGUGUUCAAUGUGCUCGCGACAACUGAACACCGGCGAUGAGUUUUAUCUGGUAGAGGAUGGGAAACUCAUUUGCAAGCCGGAUUACGAAGCAGCGAAAGCUAAAGGUUUAUAUCUCUCCGACGGAUCACUGGAUGGUGAAUCAUCAAACAAACGUCCUCGCACAACAAUAACCGCCAAACAGCUGGAGACACUGAAGAGUGCAUACAACAGCAGCCCUAAGCCAGCACGACACGUACGCGAACAGUUGUCACAGGACACUGGACUGGAUAUGCGAGUAGUGCAAGUGUGGUUCCAGAAUAGGCGUGCCAAAGAAAAACGACUGAAAAAAGAUGCCGGCCGAACGAGAUGGAGUCAAUAUUUCCGUUCAAUGAAGGGUGGUGGCUCACCAAGCAGGCAUGAUAAACUCUUAGAUAAGGACGAAUUGAAAAUCGAUCUAGAUAGUUUUAGUCAUCAUGAUCUUAGCAACGAUAGCUUUAGUACUUCAAACAUGGGUCUGGAAGAUGGUGCUUCACCCCACAGCGGCCGCGGUUCAUACAUCCACGGCAACGGAAGUCCGCCUCCGUACCUAUCAAGUCAUUCACCUCCGCCCAUGGGACCGGGACAUCAUUUCGGUUCCUAUCCAGACAAUAUUGUAUAUACUCCACUAGGUCAACCUGUCAACUCAAUGCACCAUGGCGGUCCCCGGGGUCCCCACGGGAUGCACGGUAGUGCGGUGUCCGACAUGAGUAACGACUCCAGUCCUGCCCACGGUUAUCCCGAUUUCCCGCCCAGUCCCGAUUCAUGGCUCGGUGAAUCGUGCCCACCGAAUGGAUCCGUUUCUUCCGCGGUAGCGCACCAGCAGCAACAACCAGUGCCGCCCCCAACAGCGCCGUCGGUACCGUCGGCUUCCGCUGUAGCGAUACCGCAAACCAAUGGCAAUCAUGUACCGUCGGGGUUGCACUACUGAUGCGUCGAAACGGUGCAGGUAUCGAGAGGAGCUUAGAUUUUAUUAAAUCGGAUUGAUUUAUCGUAUCGAUUAAUCGCGGGACUUACUAGUGGGCAUCGCUUAUUUUGGGCAAUGGGUUCAAAACUGUGAUUACAAUUUUGUAAACCAUAUUUGGCAAAUUUUACAUUCAAUGAAACAUUUGUUGAAGUUUUAAAUUCGUUUGUUUGAAACAAACAUCGGAAGCAAUUCUACCAUAAAUAUGUGCGCAUUCGAAUUUGAAAUUGAAUAACUUUUUUCAUAAAAUCAAACAGAUUUCUGGUACAAAUCAAAUGCUAAAAUUUUUGGGUGAAAUCUGUAAGAAAAAUGAAAUAGAGGCGUUGUGUAUAGAUUGGCCCAGCUGGAAAUGAAGGGAAUCAAAUCAAAUUUGAAUCAUUUGUUUGAGAACCUGCAUAUUGACGGUUCCAUGCAAUACUGGAACAACACAAAAAUUUUCGUUUUUGACAAUUUGAAUACAAAGCACGAAAAAUAGUAAGAAGUUUCACAUGACAAAGACCCUGGUCAAAAUUCGCAAUAUAUCUAAAGUUAUGACAAUUUUAAAAUUUGACGAUCUUUCGAAUUGCUUUGAAUUUGUCAUUUUUCCAAGUUUUUUGCUGAAACACAUGCAUCGUGAUGAACUUAUAAUCUCAAUAUAAAAUCACGAAUCGCAUAAUUUUCAGUUUCCGCCGAUCCAUUCGAUUAAUUUAUGUCAUAGGUGGCAUUACGGAAUGGAUUAGCUGUCUCCUUGUAGUUUAUAUAAAAGCAAUCACAAAUCAAUAUUACUAAGUGUUUGUGCCAGUUACUAUCUCAAUUUCAUCUCAACUUUGAACUCUAACCAUUGAACCAAUUGUGUGGAGGAGUAAGUGCCUUUUAAAUUUUAAAAACACGUAAUCACGUUUGAUAAUCAAUAUAAAACCAAGACCCCGGGUUUACAGUUUUACUGAAAAGAAGCAAAUUGGCACCACAUGAUUGACCGACUUCAUAUGAGCCCAUGAGCAUGUUUUGAAACAAUUAAUUGCAUAUUAUUCGGCAACUCGGCCGUACGAAAAACCAUUUUUUUUGUUAAAUAUCUAUUGUGCAUAUGCACAGCACAUGUUUCGAAAUGGACAAAUUGAUAUGAAAUUUGCGAAAAAGAAUCCUCGUGUCUUGGAGGGACUCGAACCCUCAACCUCCUACUCUCUAGAUAGGCGUGAUAAUUCCUACACAACAAGAUCACUUAAAGGUCACGUUUGCGGAAAAGCCAUCAGAAUCCGAGUAACAACCUCCACCGCGGUUAGCUCUCUUUUUUGCAAAUUGAAUAUCUUUCGGAUGCUUGAUUUGUCCAAUCUCCACAUGUGCUUUACUGUACCAGUCAAGUGUACCAUACCAGUCCGCCCAGCCCGUUGUUGGGGGCAUGGGGUGCGAUGCGAUCCUCUCGUUUAAUAAACAAUGUGCACUCGCUUGACUGUGUUGUUUGAUAAAAUUUUGAUAAGUAAUGCGCUAUAAUUUUCAAAUUGUUCGCAAAUCAAUUUUAUGUAUACAAAAUAACAAUGGUUUUAGAUUCUAUAUUUAAACGAAUGUUCUUAAGUUACUGUUUUUGAUAUUUUACCUCACAUGCUGGACACUUGAAUACCUGAUAAUGGCAAAGUGUAUUAGGCAUUAAAUACUUUAGCCAAGUAUCUAAAAGAUUUAAAGAAAACUAUCUAGAGCUUUUUGGUGGAUAGUCUUCACUUGUCAUAAGACGAGUUAGUACUAUCCUAUUUAAAUCCAGCAAUUGAAUGUAACUUCACAGACAAUUAUUUCGACUCCUACAAAAGGGCCGUAAGGUUAUUUUCUCCUACUGAAAACUCCAAGGCCAAGAGAAACGCCACAUUUACAUUAUCAAAUGGCACAGCAUUGUUGAGUAAAUUGUUUCCGUGAUUAACACUAACAGGGGAUCAUUUUGUUUGCCUAUCUCGAGAUUAAUGUGUUUAAAUGUUCGCUGAAUGUCGUAACUUUCCUAUUUCAUCAGUUAUAUGGUUUAUUGGUUUCACAAAUAAAAAAUUUGGGUGAACAGAAAAAAAAAUUAUUGGAUCUAUUAUAUAAAGAUUAAUUACAAAAACCCACUGCCCAUAACAAAGUGAUAUUUCUAAUACUGUCGUACAUACGUAAUUGAAAAAAAUCCAACGUGGUUUCUGCAAUGUUACUAGUUCAAAGAACUAAAAGAGUCACUUUUAGAAUAUUUGUUUUUCGAUAAUCAUGCAAUAAUAUCUUACAUAGAUAUUUAGUAAAGUUAUCAUUUAUCAUUUGUUCUUUCAUAAUACCUUAACAAUGCCAAAAAAUUAUUACAUACAAACACAUUACAAAUUAAACAAAGCGAGAAACUGCUAGUCCAAUGGAUGUAAACUCAACUAGUCUUAUUUAGAUAAACCGUAACCUUAAAAAUGUAUAUUUGAUGCCAUCGAUUCGACGGAAAUGGAUUUCGAAGCUACGAAGAGAAUGUCCUUUGUUUUCUUCUGAUAAGUUGUGUAUCAUAUCUCUGAAAUAGGUUUACCAAAGUAUAGUUUGAGUAACUAAAACUGAUAAGUUCCUUAACAGUUAGUCCUAAAACAAAAACAGGAGAGAAUAGUUCUUAAGUUCACUGUAUUCAAAAGCCCUAAAACUAGGAAAAUAUCUUCAAUUCGAAACGUUAGAAUCCGUGUCAAACUCUAGUCUUUGUUUCAAACAGCAAUCAAAUUUCACGGUAAACUAUAAGCACAUAGCAUUUACUAAAUGGAAGCCAGCAGUUGGUUGGAAUCUAUAUAGGUGUAAACUAAACUAUUUUUCCUAACGUUAUUUAGUAGCACGGAAUGAAAGUGUAAAUAGACUUCAAGAAUGAGAAUUUAACGUUUAAGUAGAAACAACACAAAGAAACAAAUCCUUAUUCAGAUAGCUGAGUACUAUGUAAAAACUAAUGUGUAUAUAUUUAUUUAAUUUAUUGCUAAACGAAAUGAUAAUGAGACCUUUACAAACAUUACAUCCUUAAAAAGAAAAUACAUUCA